CCGUGCUUGAAAGUCGCGUGCCACGGCGAAGUCGUCGACAGAAGGCGGUCGGCGGAAUGAUAGUUUUUAGGCCCUUUUGGUCGUUUGGAACGUGAGGCUGUUCAUCAGGCAGGGCUGUAGGCAUGUAGUCCUCAACCGAGUGGAAGCCUUCAUCUCCUUGUAGGGUUUACCGUCUCUACUCUCUAACCUAGUGGAAGCCUUUCAUCUCCUUCGUCUCGAGCCGUUGAGAUGGACCCUGAAGAAUGUGUGACCUUUUCUACAUCUGGAUCUCAACCUCCUCUGAGUCAAGAAACAGUGGUGGAAAGUCAAAUUCCUGAGCCUAACAUUACCAAUGAGCAGACUGCACCACCUGCUAUUUCUGGACAAAAGAGAAAAGUGGUUGACAAAAGAUCUAAGAUUUGGGAUCACUUUGAUGAAAUUAAGGAUGGAAAGGGUGUGGUUAUUAAGGGGAGGUGCAUAUACUAUGCAAAAAUAUACUGUUGUCACUCUAAGAAACAUGGAACUUCCUCCAUCAGAAAUCACAUGCUUAAUUGCAUGAAAACCCCCCAUGCUAAAGACACUAGACAAGCCCUAUUAACCUUCCAGCCUGUACCUCCAUAGACAGGUUUAAGGCUGAUCUUAAAAAGAAGAAGCUUGAGAGUGGUCAGGUAGGAGUUAAAAAAUCUGAACUUGAUAUAUAUUUAGCUGAGUCCAUAAUUGAGGAAGAUGGGGACUUUGAUAUUCUAAGAUGGUGGAAGUUAAAUAGUGAAAGGUUUCCUAUACUUUCCAAGAUGGCUAGGGAUGUACUUGGUGUUCCCAUUUCCACAGUUGCUUCUGAGUCCACUUUCAGUACAAGUGGUAGGGUUUUGGACUGUUUUAGAAGUUCAUUAAGAUGUAAAAUUGUGGAAGCCCUUAUUUGUGCACAAGAUUGGUUGAGAUUGGCUCACCAGCCUAUCUCAAUUGAAGAAAACAUUGAUGAAGUAGAGAGACUGGAAAAAGAAAUAAUGGAUGGAAAUGUUGGUGGUGGAACUGCUCCUCCUACUGGAUCCUCUAUUGUGCCAUUAAGUGUACAUUUUCUAUAUUUUUAUAGGGUUUAGGGUUGGCAUUGCUCUUUCAGUUCAUAACAAGCAUUCUGACUUCUGAGCUAUAUGACAUGUUUGGUUUUUGCCAUUAUUUGGUUGUUUGGCUAUGAUGAAGCUUCCACUCAUUACUGCAUUUAGGGUUUAGGGUUGGUGUUGCUCUUUCAGUUCAUAAAAUGGUAAGUUGUAACUGAAAUUGUAGCAGAUGCCCCCUAUUUCCCCUUAUGAAUGAUAAAAAGCAUUCUGAGCUCUGAACAUUAGUACAUCAGUAACUGAUUAUGUGCAUUCUGAGCUGUAUGUGUAUGUGCAUUCUGACUUCUGAGCUCUCUGAUUAUGUAUAAUGUAUUAUGAGUAUGUAUAAUGUGUAUAGGUUUGAAUGUUUGAAUGUGUAUGCACAUGAGUGCAUGACUCUCUGAUUUGGCAUUAUGUGGUUGUUUUUCCAUGCGCAUUCUGACUUCUGAGCUCUCUGAUUAUGUAUAAUGUAUUAUGAGUAUGAUUAUGUCAUUCUGGAAAGCAUUCUGGCAACUGUGAACUGUCCCUGGACUCUUGUCCCUUGCUCUGACUUGUUCAGGUUUUGUGUAAGUAACUCAUAAUCCCAUUAAUCCUUGACUAUAUCAUUUCUAUUAAAUUUCAUUGGUUAUGAUGAAGCUUCCACACAUUACUGAAUGUAUGGUUUAAGGUUGGUAUAGCUCUUUCAGUUCACAACAUGUAAGUUGUAACUGAAAUUGUAGCAGUUGCC